AUGUCACUUGAUGAGACCACGCUCCGGACCAAGGAGGCGGUCCAUAAGAUACUCGAGGCCAAGCUGAACGGGACGAAAGCCUCAAAAGACAAGUCGCCAACUUUCGUGAAGUACACUCCAACGUCCGUGUUCGAUGAAGGUGAGAACAAGCAACGAAUAAUCAAAAUCAAAGACAAGGAGGUCGACCCCACAUUGCCGCCAAACCUGCGCAUUCGCAAGACUCCGCAAGGCUCCGAUGAAGCCCCUGUACCAGUAAUGCACGAAGAAACGACGGUGAAGCUUACGAAGGAGGACCAACGCAAGUGGUAUAUACCGCCUGCCGUGUCGAACUGGAAAAAUACUAAAGGGUUUACAAUAGACAUUGAUAAGCGUCUAGCGGCUGUGGGUGAGACUCAUUCCACCGAAAUGAGCGACAAGUUCGGUGACCUGAGUGAUGCUUUGAAGGAUGCAAGUGAACAAGCAAAGAAAGAGCUGAAGCUUCGUGCCAAGCUGAAGAACCAGCUUGAACAACAGAAAGUGCUGGAGAACCAGGAAAAGCUACGUGCGGUGGCGCAGGAGGCACGUUCUGGUAAACGUAGUAAGUGGACAGACGAUGAGCCUGAAGAGGUUAGCAAGAUAGCCAGCAAGCGGGAGCAAGCUCGAGCAGAGAGAAGAAGGCGCGCCGAACUGGAGUUGCGGAGAUCAAAAAUGGGCACAGAAACGAAGGUCAAAGUGCUGGCCUCAGAAGAGGGCCGAGAGAUUAGCGAGCGCGUUGCCCUGGGUGUGGCUUCUAGACAACAAGAGGCUACUAAUCCUGAAGGCCUAUAUGAUGCAAGGCUUUAUCUGAAGGGGGCAGCCAGCAAUGUUCGUCACAGUGACGACCAGCUAUAUGAUAGGCCACUAUUCGAAGCUCAAGAUGCCAUCAACGAUAUUUUCAGAGCGCGCAGCGGAGCCGAGUUUCAGGGUGAUUUAGAUAGGCCUGCGCUUGGCCAUCAAAAGGGCCAAUCCAACGUUGGGCCUAUAGAAUUCGAAAGGGAUGUCUCUGCCCAGGAUACGGAGAACGAACACGGUCUGAAAAAACAACGGGUUGAGUAG